AUGGAUCAUGUCCUUCACCAACUCCGCUCUUUUCCUUCCCCAGCGGAUACAUCCCACGAAGCAUACGAAACACAUGCCCUCGAAUAUUACGUAUCUACGCGUAAACAUCUUCAACACAUUCUCGAUAGCCCUGAGAAAGCUCAGAAUGUGCUAGAACUUCUUGAUCCUUCGACACACUCCCUUGCUUAUCUCCUCGUCUUAAACUUCUACAUCAACCAGACCAAAUUAAGAGCCCGUAACAUGGAAACGGGCGAUUUACUACCUGGAAAUAUACUUUGGUCAAGGGCGCUUUCGUUGCUGAAAUCAUUCGACCCGAAUCAGAUCAGACGGGCAGCAAGGGAAUGGCGCAACGUACUUGAAUUUAUUUCGGGUGCAGCUGAAGCUGGGAACAAGGCGCUUCUUGCGAUUCGCCCUGUCAGAGAUGCCAUCAUUCGAAUGGAUCCAACAUGCGCCACCUUCACCGUUGCCCAUUUAUACCUAACUCGUCUGUGUCUGCUAGCUAAAGCAUACAAGGUUGCACGUCCAGUCAUCGAUCGAACGAUAUUUGCGAUACCAAGUUCAGCGGAUCGGCUCUUUAUACAGCAUUCACAGGGCGAGUCAGGAUUCCAUGGCUCCACCCGUCCAUAUCUGUUUGAACCACCCAUGAAACUCACAUAUGCGGAGCAUCUCCAGUACUUUAUCUACGGCGGAAUGAUUUACAUGGCACUGAAGGAAUGGAGCAAAGCUCGUCAUUUCCUAAGCAUUGUGAUAACAUGUCCUGUGGUGAAUGCUGUUAGUUUGAUCAUGGUUGAAGCCUACAAAAAAUGGGUAUUGGUGAACCUAAUCGAGAAUGGCACGACUGCAUCGGUUCCCAAGAUCACCUCGCCUCUUGCAAUGAAGACAUAUAAAGCACUUGCACGUCCUUAUGAUGCACUGGCAACUGCCUUCAUAUCAGGGAAGUGGGAAAGGUUAAAAGAUGAAGCGGAAGCGGGGCAAACGAUAUGGAGCGACGACAACAACAACGGUCUCGUACAACAAGUGCUUCUGAGUUUCCGCAAAAAAGCAGUGCGCGGCCUCGGUGCCACUUUUGCCUCAGUGACUACAACAGAUGUCUCGCAGCGAGCAUUAUCGAACAGCAUGGACGUGCGAGAAACCGAGCGGUAUAUUGUGGCCCUCGCAGUUAAAGAAGGCUUCCCUGCUUCUCUGAUACACCCGUCGAGAGACCCAAAUACGUCAAUGCUCCGAUUCUUGACAGAUCAUUCCGAAUCAAGCAUCGGCCUGGAAGUUUCUUUAGAGGAACAAUUGCGGUCACAGCAUCAAAAACUCGAACUUCUUAUUCAGAACAUACAAACCAGUGAUAGGAAACUGGAGCUGAGCAAGGAGUAUAUCAGCCAUCUGCGUAAAGCUCAAAAACGUAACGAUGCCGCUUCCAAGGGUACUGUUGGGUUCAGCGGGAGGAAGAGGGACCAGAACGUUGAUCUUGAUGAAGACAUGAUGGAUGAAUUGCAAUGA